AUGCAGUCUCUCGAACUCACUCUCAUAGUCGCUGCGACUCGUAACAUGGGCAUCGGCGCCCACGGAGGAAUGCCAUGGCAAGGCUUGCGCAAGGAGAUGAAGUACUUUGCGCGUGUGACGACAAGACUGCCACCACAGGUACUGCUCACCAGCACACAUCAUAGGCCAAACGAGUAUAAUAAAUGCUCGGGAUUGGAUAAGAACAUACAAGAAACUCUUUCUAACAACCCUCAGGCUCCCUCAUCAUCUCUUAACGCAGUCAUUAUGGGCCGCAAAACCUGGGACUCAAUCCCCACCAAGUUCCGCCCUCUAAAAGACCGUCUCAACAUCGUCAUAAGCCGCUCCGCGCCCUCACAGCUGCCCGAGACGGUUGAGGCUUCCGAGCCCGUUAGAGUUCAAUCCCUCGAGCUUGCUCUGCAGUACGCUCGAACUCGCAGUGAUGUCGGCCGCGUCUUUGUCAUUGGCGGUGCACAAAUCUACGAUGCUGCGCUCAAGCUGCCUGAAGCACGACGUAUUUUGCUGACGAGUAUUGAGCGGGAUUUCGACUGCGACACUUUCUUCCCUGUGGAUUUAAAGGAUGGAAAAUGGGAGAGGAAGACCAGGGAUGAGCUUCAGCAGUGGACGGGCGAGGAGGUUGAAGAGGGUGGACAAGAGGAGGCAGGAACCAAGUAUGAGUUCCAAAUGUGGGAGAAACUUGACUAG